AUGAUCUUCGAUGUGUUUAGCGUGUGCGGACCGAUUCCACAAGAGGUGGUUGAGUUUCUUGUUGAAAACUUGAACAAUGCGGUCGCCUGGUCCUGUUUGCCGACCCUCGUCCGAGAGGCUGUAGCUACGAAGGAAAGAACUGACCCCUGGCUACCGAAGAAAAGUAGCAAAAGCUUUAUCUGCGGAUGCCUGAUUCUCAAACAUAUGAAACAUUUUUUCACUGACGACGCGAGGGCACGAUACGGUGCUGGCGCGUUCUCUGGCCUGUAG